UUUUCUGACUAAUGGAUGAUACAUAAUGUCACAGUGAUAAGAGCUCCUAGCAUGGAUCCACUGAAGGUUCCCUUAUCUAAACCCUCUGCAACAGCUGAUGGUGUCUCAGUCUGGGAGUGGUCUGGCUCUGCAUUUGAUGAGGGAGAUGGUGCAUCAAAAUGGUUCUCCAGAUAUCUUGGAAAGCCCAGUAGAUUAGUUCGUUUUAAUGAAGCGUCAGAAACAAGGAAUGUCGACCCUAACUAUGCUCCUGGAUACAAAGUCAUGUUUUCUGACCAGUAUCCCUUCCUCCUUGCAUCCCAGGGAUCAUUAGAAGCCUUGAAUAAACUUCUCAAGGAACCAAUACCAAUUAAUCGUUUUAGGCCCAAUAUUCUUGUUGAUGGAUGUGAACCAUUUGCUGAGGACUUGUGGAAGGAGAUCAGGAUCCAGAAGUUAACAUUCAAUGGUGUCAAAUUAUGCUCUCGCUGUAAGGUACCCACAAUUAAUCAAGAAACUGCAAUGGCAAACUCCGAGCCAACCGAGACUAUGAAGAAGUUCCGUUCAGAUAAAGUACUGCGCCCAAGCAAGAAACCGCAGGGCACCAAGGUGUAUUUUGGACAGAACAUGGUAUGCUCCGACUCUCAAAUUCCAGGAAAGGGAAAGAUGAUAACGGUGGGAAAUCCUGUCUAUGUCCUCAAGGCGUUCUCUUCUGCAGCUGAUGCUGCAGCUUGAAUGCUCUUGUAGUCUUCCCAUUUGCCAGUAAUCUGUUUUAUGGGAAACAAAAGAACCAAAUAAACAAGUUGUCACAGGGUAUUUUCUUCGCCUUUGUGAAUCAUUUCCCCCGUUGCCCGAUGCAUUUCCUCUACUGCAUGCCAUGGCAUGGUUUGCUCGGCAACCGGUUCAGAAUUACAGAGGGAAUUGUAUGCAAACAAAUAAAAAUCCCGUGUUCUUGCCUUAAGCAAAGAUAUUUUAUUAUUAUA